CGGCGCGGGGCGGGUUUGUACGUGUGAACGCGGCGGGGGAGGGAGACGCACCUCGAUGGGAGCAGCUGGCGGUUCUGCCCGGGCUGGGCCUGCACAGAUUGAUGUGGAUAGCAGAGCUUGCUUAGUGGAUUCCUGAAUUAUCUGUAUUUAAGAAGAAGUUGUGCAGAUUUCAAGAUGGAUGCCAUCAUGGAAACCCCUGAGCUGCCCGCAGUAUUUGACGGGGUGAAGUUAGCUGCCGUAGCCGCCGUUCUCUACAUCAUUGUUCGCUGCCUCAACCUGAAGAGCCCGACUGCCCCUCCAGAAUUGCUUUUUCAAGACACUCCUCUGUCCCGGUUCCUACUCAAAUCCUGUCCUCUUCUGACCAAAGAGUACAUUCCACCUCUGAUCUGGGGGAAGAGCGGGCACAUCCAAACUGCCCUUUACGGGAAGAUGGGGAGAGUGAGCUCGCCGAACCCAUACGGGAUCCGCAAGUACCUCACGAUGUCGGACGGCGCAACAGCAACUUUUGACCUCUUUGAACCUCUGGCAGAACACUGCACUGGAGAAGACAUCACUAUGGUCAUCUGCCCUGGAAUAGCCAAUCACAGUGAGAAGCAGUACAUCCGAACUUUUGUCGACUAUGCCCAGAAGAACGGCUAUCGAUGCGCUGUGCUAAAUCACCUCGGCGCCUUGCCAAACAUUGAGCUGACUUCCCCACGAAUGUUCACUUAUGGUUGCACGUGGGAAUACGAAGCCAUGGUAAACUACAUCAGGAAAACGUAUCCCCAGACCCAGCUGGUUGUGGUGGGCUUCAGCUUGGGUGGAAACAUAGUAUGUAAAUACCUGGGGGAAAACCAGGCAAACCAGGAAGGUGUUCUGUGCUGUGUCAGCGUGUGUCAAGGCUACAGUGCCUUAAGGGCACAGGAAACUUUCAUGCAGUGGGAUCAGUGCCGGAGAUUUUACAACUUCCUCAUGGCAGACAACAUGAAGAAAAUAAUCUUAUCUCAUAGACAAGCCUUGUUCGCUGAGAGCCCCAAGAAGCCCCAAGGUUUAGUGGACAUGGACCUGAAUAAACUUCAUACUGCAACGUCUCUCAUGCAGAUAGAUGAUAAUAUCAUGAGGAAAUUUCACGGCUACCACUCUUUAAAGGAAUACUACGAACAGGAGAGUUGCUUGCGUUUCUUGUAUAGGAUCUAUGUUCCCCUUUUGCUGGUUAAUGCGUCUGAUGAUCCUCUAGUGCAUGAUAGUCUGUUGUCAAUUCCAAGAACUCUUGCAGAGAAGCGGGAAAACGUCAUGUUCGUUCUGCCACUCCACGGAGGUCACCUGGGCUUCUUUGAAGGUGCGGUACUCUUUCCGGAACCCCUCACCUGGAUGGAUAAACUUGUGGUUCAGUACGCCAGUGCCAUCUGCCAAUGGGAGAGGAAUAAAUCUCAAUGUUCUGAUACAGAACAGUCGUCAUCUGGCCAAGAGUAAAUGGUCCCAAAGACUUUUCAGGUUGUUUCACCUUAUCUCCCCCCCACCGCCCCCCGAUCUUCUGGGACUUUUUACUUACUUUUCCGGGUCUCUCAUCCUGACAUCUUGAAGUUGGGUCUGUCCGCGGCGCUUCAUGCCAAAGCAGGGGUACAACAGAGGGGCCGUGUCUUUGGGAGUAUGCCUGAAAGAAUGCAGUGCUCCUUUCUGUGCAUUUAAAGAACUGAUCCAUUGUACUGAUGAGUUGCUGCCUGUAACUUGCUUCGGAGGUUCCAAAAUGUGUGCAACAGCCAAAAGAUCUUCUGAAAUAGGAUAACGGUCCAAGAGCUCUGACCUUCAGCCCACAUCUUCACAGAUAAAAACUCUCUUCUGGAUUUUUGUAGAAUCACGUCCAGCUGUCAGUGAUGUGGGUUUUAGGAUUUAACAUUUUCUUUGUGUCGGAAUUUCUCCUCCCCCUUUCUGCUUCCCCCACACCCCUCAACAUGGGGGGAGAACAUUAUAUCACAUCUGUAGAAGAAAUCACUUUGCAGGUCAUCAGUGCUGAAGUCCACAAAUGGAGAAGACCUGGGAACUGAAGUUUCCAGAAGUUUGCAUCCAUUUGGUCAAAUGCACCUUUGACGGUUUCGAUUGCCGUGAAAACAUUUAGGGUGUUGUUAGCACUUCUGGUUACUGCGGAAUCCUGCCGUAACAACAAGGUGCAUUCAGUCAUGGGUGCUGCUUUUGGUUGGGACUUCGAGCUUGAUCAAUACAAUAGAUUCCCUGCUGGUUGUAACACUUCUUGAGAUGAAGCCGGCAGCCUUGUGAUACUUGCCUUUUUCUAGCGUUGAGGACUUUUAUUUUAACACAGGGUGACUUGUGUGCUCUUAACCCAGGCCUUUUAACACCGUCUCGAGUGGAAGCUAGUUGCUAUCAGACUGUGGGUCGUCCACUUUUCUUUCUCCGGAGUACAUCAUAGUGAAUCAGUAUAUAUACUCUUAGGAACUUGCGGCAAGGGUGGAAGAUGAUGCCCAUGUUUCUAUUUGGUGUUUGUUUCUUCCACCUCUUGUGUAUGUCGCAGCAGCAAACCGAAAAGGGGACAAGAAUCUCCCCAAGUUUUUAAAAGCAUCCAAGUGGCUUUUCUGACCGCCAUGACUUGCCUUAGAGAAGGCGAUCACAAACCCUCCCCUGAGAAAGUGUUUCUGUGGGGCUAAAUGCUUCUGAAGUUACUGAGAGCUUAUAGGACAGUUUUAGGAGUCCCACUGGGACAUUAGUAUGCUCCUCGUUGCAAUGUUCUGGGCACCAAGACAACCGCAGAAAAUUGAAAAGCAUUGUGUGCAGGUGUCUAUGGUAUUAAGACGCAUAGCCUUUUUUCCCCCUGUUGUACAGUGGAGACAGACUUCUGAAGUGAGCCCGUCUCCACCGAGAAAGAAAGAUCUCACCCUAUCGAAAAGGUUUUUAAAAAAUCAAAACCUGAUUCAAGUGAUGGCGGAACUCUUCUUUCCCUUUCACUUCCCAAGGGUAUUGCCAGCGCCCUUCCCUCUCGCCCCUUCUGUUUUCUCACAGUGAUGGUUAGCACUUUACGUUUCAUUCUUGGGUUUUCUUUCAGGGCACUUUAAUUGUAGCCUUUUAACAUGUGUAGGAAGACUCCAGUGCUGUGCUACGUGCUUCCAGGAUCGGUCUCUGAAAUUCAGAGAGGCAUGUGGUUGGUUAAUUUGUGUGUGUGUUUCUUUUGUUUUAAUUGAGCAAUAAUCAGCUGCUGUAGCAAAGGUGCUUUUCUCUCGUCAAGAGUCCAACUCCUUCCGUUUGCCUUAGUCCAGUGACUUGUGACCUGGUCAACAAACUGUGACCUAUAUACGUUUUUGUGUUAGAAAAACUAAGGACCUGUUAUUCCCUCAAACAGAAGGAACUGAGGACCAAACCAAAAACUGGCAAAGCUGAUGGAAUUUCCCCGUUGCUACGCUUAUUGUUUCUUUUAAAGAGUAGGUUUUAAGAUAUCCUUCAGCUUCUUCAUCGGCCAUUCUCUGGAGUUUCCUCGUGCGUUGAUAAUCAAAACCAAACAAUGCAGGGCAUAACAUUUUGUGUAUUUAAUGUAUUACUUUGAUUAAUAGGGGCUAGCACUUAGAAUCUGUCUCCUGCUCAAGUAGAGGAGGAUGUGCAAUCCUAAAGGAAGUUACUGUGGUUUAAGCCCAUUGAAAUGAACAGAUUUAGACUGGAGUCACUCUUUUUAGGGUUGCCCCUUAAGCCCGGUUCAGUAGCUACCGUGUAUAAGGCAGGAGGUGAAGUGGCGUAUUUCUCUCUCCACACUUUAUAUUUUUUUAAAGGUAAGCUACAGGAGAAUCUGUUGUUUGCAUCAGUCUCCAGCACGUUACUUGGCUGCCGCUACUUCAGCCAUUUAACCAAAGCGACAGUCAGAGGAAGUAAUCCCAGCUGUGUUGACGACGAGAGCCUUCUUUCCUUCUAGUCCAGCUUUUCUGGUCUUUUUAACAGGAAAAGGCAUCCCCCCCCCCCCCCGUAAGAAUUUUUGUGGGUUUUUCUUUUUUUUUCCUUUUAAAUGCAAACUUUAAGAGAAACUUCCCAGUCCCUUUUCAAACAAGGCUUCAUUUCCUCUCUCUCUGUGGAAAGGAAGUUCGAGGCCAAUUUGAUUGGGGGUGGGGGGGGCCUUUCCGUGGCAGGUUUAUCCUGUGUGUAGACAAGAAACAAGGCCAGUGCCUGCUUUUGGUAGCAUUUCUGUGCUCCUGUUAGACAUUUUAAUGCUUCUGUACUCAGGGAUUACAUUGCCGGGAACACGUGCUUAGAGCCUUUUCCCAGAGGGAACCAUUUUCUGUUACCGAACAUGUUUCAAAUUGGGCGGGGGGGGGGGGGGGGAUGCAUCAUUCUGACUACCCCACCCCCUCAGAAGUCAUCUGGGCUAAUCACUGCAAUUUCUGAAACCGUUUCCACCACCCCCGCUCCUUUCAAAUCAGGAGAGCCCAAAUUUUAAUUUCACCUGGCAAGUCAGGGACAUCUGUGCUCAUCACAACCGAUUCUCACCUCUGCUGCCAAUGGGACAGCAAUCCAGGCGAGUUCUUAGCCACUUGCUCAAGAGCCUUCUGUAGGCUAUUUAAAAAACCCAGGAGUUAGAAAGAGCAGAUGGGCGCCCGACCCAUGAAAACUAGUUGUUCAGAUUCCAGUUACAAACGGCAUGGAACUUCUGCAGGGCAUUUCCCAGCGCAGUCAGGAUGCAAAGCAGAUUCAGGCUUCUGUCUUAAGUCGCGUGGGAUUUGUUUGGAAAGAAAACCAGAAGGAAAGCUGGUUGGUGUGUUGUGGCCACUGUGCGGAAGUAGCUUGCGACAUUUAUUGGAAUUUAAAUAAAAACAAAAGUGGU